UAACAGUUUGAGGUUUGCCUUAGAUUGUAAGGUUACAAUGGUGGUAAUCAUUUUAACGAUAUCUUUUGUUAUUGCUUCCUUCUUGUACUACCACUUCACAAAGUACAAUAAUUACUGGAAUGAACGAAAUGUUGUUGGCCCAAAACCGACUUUCUUCUUCGGAAAUAUCAAGGAUGCAGUACUCAGAAGAAAACCCAUUGGCCACGUAUUCAAGGAUAUCUACGAUAUGUACCCAGAGGAAAAGGUGGUAGGAAUGUUCGUGAUGCGAUCCCCAGAAUUGUUAGUAAGGGAUUUAGACGUGAUAAAAAAUAUACUAAUAAAAGACUUCGAUAUUUUCGUUAACCGUGGUUUUGAGUUCAAAAAAACGGGUUUUGGAGCGACUUUGUUUCAUGGUACUGCUGACACCUGGCGACUGUUACGAAGCCGCUUCUCUCCGCUUUUCACUCCUGGAAAGCUAAAAAAUAUGAUCCAUCUUGUAAAUGAACGCGGGGAUAAAUUUGUGAAGUAUGUAGCCCGAGUCACACAGUUAAAUCCGGAGCAAGAAGUCCACGAUAUGACACAAAAGUUUACGCUGGCGACCAUAGCCGCUUGCGUAUUUGGCAUAGACAUCGAUACAUUUAACCAAGAACACGAAAUCCUUCGUAGGAUCGAUAGUAAAAUAUUCAUCAUGACCCUUAGUCGUGACCUCGAGAUGAUGUAUCCUGGAAUAUUAGUAAAAAUUGGAGGCUCACUUUUUCCAACAGAAGUUAUCACAUUUUUUAUCGAUUUGGUCAAAGACGUCACUGCGAAAAGAAAUGGUAAACCAACCAAUAGAAACGAUUUCAUGGAUUUAAUUUUGAAAAUGAGAGAAGAGAAGCACAUCUCUGGACCAAUAACGAAAAAUAAGGAUACUGAGACUGGUUUAGAUCUAACUGACGAGGUAAUAGCGGCACAGGCAUUUAGUUUUUAUGCUGGGGGUUAUGAAACCAGUGCGGCAACAAUGGGUUUCUUCCUGUACCAAUUAGCUCGCAACCCAGAGAUCCAAGACAAGGUGGUGGUAGAAAUAAAAGAAGUAUUAAAGAAACAUGAUGGCGAGAUGACCCUACAGGCUGUUUUAGAUUUAUCUUACAUGGGCAAAGUUUUCGAUGAAACAUUGAGAAUGUAUCCAAUUGCUCCUGAUUUGAGAAGAAAGUCUAGCAGUACCUAUACGAUACCCGGUACAAAUGUAACUAUAGAGAAAAAUCAGUUGAUUAAAAUUCCGACGCUUGGUAUCCAUUAUGACGAGAAGAUAUACCCUAACCCUGAGAAGUUUGACCCAGAGAGAUUUUCUCCAGAGAAUGUGGCAGCGAGGCACUCGUGCGCAUAUUUGCCUUUCGGGCUUGGACCUAGAAACUGCAUCGGGUACCGUUUCGCACAGCUACAAUCGCGGGUGUGUAUGGCGAAGGUCCUCUCUCAGUUUCGGGUGGAAGCUUCUAAGAAUACCCCCCGUCAAUUGCAGUACGAGCCUCGGCGUAUCGUAUUGUAUCCCAUAGGCGGUAUACCGAUCAACUUCAUUAAAAGACAUUGAUAUAUGAGUUAUAACAACGCAAUGG